CAAAGAUUCAUGUCUCUACAGGUUUUGUUUUACGGUUGUAGAUGACAUGAAUAAAUUUCCAUUUUAUUGUCUGUUUCUUUUCCCACUCCUCUUUGUCGUCAUGGUAAUCUGAUGAUGUCUGACAGGAACCCCAUCUACUCAACUCCAUCCUUCAUGCAACGGACAACUGACUUACCUUGGUCACAUGAGGGCAGCAGAUAUAUGCAGUCUCAGAAUGAUGAGGUUCAAGCUACCACAGAUGAGAAGCUUACUUGAGACAAGAAGGAAAGUAGCAAUGAACCAACAACUUCAGGGGAAUCCGAUCGUCCAAUCCAAGGUGAUGGGGUUGAAUUAUUUUAGCAACGAAGAUGACACCCAGCUGAUGAUGUCUGGCAGGAACCCCAUCUACUCAACUCCAUCCUUCAUGCAACAACAACUGGUCUUACCUUGGUCACAUGAGGGCAGCAGAUAUAUGCAGUCUCAGAAUGAUGAGGUACAAACUACCACAGAUGAGAAGCUUACUGGAGACAAGAAGGAAAGUAGCGAUGAACCAACAACUUCAGGGGAAUCCGAUCGGCCAAUCCAAGCUGAUGAUGUCUGGCAGGAACCCCAUCUACUCAACUCCAUCCUCCAUGCAACGGACAACUGGUCUUACCUUGGUCACAUGAGGGCAGCAGAUUCAUGCAGUCUCAGAAUUAUGAGGUACAAACUACCACAGAUGAGAAGCUUACUGGAGACAAGAAGGAAAGUAGUGAUGAACCAACAACUUCAGGGGAAUCCGAUCGUCCAAUCCAAGGUGAUGGGCUAUCAUUAUUGUAACAACAAAGACGACACCCAGCUGAUGAUGUCUGGCAGGAACCCCAUCUACUCAACUCCAUCCUUCAUGCAACGGACAACUGGUCUUACCUUGGUCACAUGAGGGCAGCAGAUUCAUGCAGUCUCAGAACGAUGAGCGGGCUGACCUGUGCAACUUUUCCCUCUGGAAAUUCAUCGGAAGCCUGUUAUCAGAACCACAAGAAGAGGAGCAAACGUGU